CUACGCACGUUUAACUUUCUUAUUACCUUCUAAGUUAAAUGAUGGCACAGAAAUUUCAUCGUGCGCAUAGAGGAAUGGCUGAUAAAGAGAUGCUAGAAGUGUGUUCAGCGAUCGACUCAGACGAAGAUCGUGAUGUUGUAGCAGAAGUUGACUACACUGAAGGGAGAACUUCCGAGGACGAAGUCCCUCCACAAGUUUGUAAAAAGACAGCAAAGAAAAGCCACAUGCACUCUAAGAGGGCAGCAUACUUGUCAUCAAGGGAGGUGACAAAACAUGCGAAGGAGGAAACUCUGCCAGAUAGGUGUACCUGGACUCGUCCUGAUGUUCACAUUUUGGGUUCAAGGGAUCAGUUUUUGGUUACCAGAAAAGCAGAUAGUAGCCAGCAUUCAUCAAAUCUUGAUACAUCAGACGGUGACAGCAAAAGAUGUUGGAAAGAACAGAAGAGGAAGAGAAACAAGUUAGAGCUAGACAGCUCAGAAGAGGAAGACUACUUUAGGUCACAAUCAGCACAUCCAGCAUCAUCGCUGCCAUACCCACGACAACCAAAAGUGGCAAAAAACUGUUUAUAUCCACAGGCGAGUGCACUAACCGCCAGAAUAUUAACUCCACAACAUGAGCACCCCAAUGACAAACAUGUUGAUUCUCUGCAAGCAGUACAAGAGAAGACAGACCUCACAACUACAGCAGUAGAAGGCAGCAUCCAGGAAGUGUCUAAAGAGGCAUUGCUCCAGCACAUUCUUAAACAAGGGAUGGAACUAAAAUUGAUGAUGCUGGAAGCAAAAGAUAUGCUGAUUCAUUUGACCUCACUGAUGAUAAAAAACCAGCAUGCUCCAGCAGAGAAUGAUCAUCUGUUGCCAGAAGAUUUGAUCCUUCCAGUUAAAACACAGCAGGAGCUAAUAGAUCUGGAAGGACUCCUUGAUGAUGACUCCUUUCAAGAAUUACUCAUCAAAAGCCUCUCUUGUGUGGGUGGUACAAAUGCAAAGGAUUGUGUAAAAAGAAUCAUGAAGCGAAUCCUGACCGACAAGGUUGCUCGGCAUUACAACUGGAAAGGACAAAAAGGAGAGAAGUGGGCUUUCAAGGGACUUAGAGUGCAGACCCUGAUUUGCAAAGCUGUACGGAAGAACAGUGGGUGCAUGGAGACUCCAGAUAACAUCAUUGAAGGAGCCAUCAAAGAAUGGCUACGCUUCGCACCAGAAAGAGAUGGAGGCAGAAAGGAGAGGGAGGAAAGAAAGAAACAAGCUAUUUCGCGAAGUGACACCUGCGUUUCUGCAAAUUCUCUGGAAUUUUAGUUAAUUAAUGUACUAUUAUGGCACAAUUGUGUUGUGAAUCUACAUUUCUUCGUUGGGAUUUGGUGUGCGGAUCCACAUUUUAUGCGUUGUAUUUUGGGAUUCUCGCUGCACCUUAUCGACUUCUGUGUAUCGCAAGACUGCGCCAAUUUGCCCUGCUCCCCUCACUGCUCAGUGACAUUGGUGUCUUUAUUAGACAGUCUUUUUCUGGGUAAUUUAAAAGAUUAGACUGGUUUUUUAUUUCUUAUUUGCCGAUGAAAAAGAGACUUCCAAGAAAUUGGAAUUUAUUUUUUACCUUUUUCUACAUUUUCUUUUCGAGUAUCAUGAAUCUUUAUUGUAAAUUGUCAUUUGUUGUACAUCAAGAUCAAUUGUUAUUGUGUAAUGUAAAUGUCCCCAAGGCUUGUUAUAUCCAAAAUUACUGGUUUGUUUUUUAAAAUUCGUUGCAGUCAUAUUUAUUGUUAUAGUUGACAGGAAAGUAAGCAGAUUAUUUCAUGGACCCAGACACGGCUACAGACAUACAGAUUAAAGGCACUUUUUGAAUAUAGGUAAAGCACAAACAUUUUAAUAAUGCAUGUAUAUAUUUCUGUUUAUACAAGAGUAGCCGGGGUACCCGGUGUCAAUCUGGGUGACUACCAGCAUACAGUUCAUUCGUCCGAAGCUAAUCAAAGGAGGUGUUGCCAGCAGCAACACGACUCGCUCAUGUAGAAUAUAUACUCUAGAAUAACCGACCAAAUUCCUGACACGGUCUGGAGCCGAUUGAAACAAGAAACCAUUCCCGCCCAUCUCUUUUGUUUUAUCUAUUAGAUUAACUUUGUCAAAAGUGAUGUAUCCCAGCACUCAACUUCAUUUACUUCUAGAAACUAGUCCUA